AAAAAGAUAAAGUAUUAAUGACAUCUUUUUCCGAGAUUCCUCUUUUCCAUAAAAUUCAGGACUAUAGAAAUUUAGCUUUUUGUCGAGUAGAAACAAACAGUCCAAGCCUUCUGAAAAUCGUAAAAUCUAAUAAAUAAACAUUUGAACAAGUUAAGCAGUGAAAUUUUUACUAAUUAUUUUUAGGAUUUUUUUCGAUGUUUUUUAUUUGAAAUUUAUUAAUUAAUAGUGCAUAACAAAAAAAUGGAUUUGGAAAAAAAUAUUAUAGAUCUUUUAUUAAAAAAUCCGGAUGGUGUUACAAAUAAAAUGUUGCAGACGGAACUGUCGUCUAUAGGUGUGGCGCAAUUGGUAGAAGUUUUGAAUAACCUAACUGCUGCUGACAAAAUACAGAUUUUUCAUAAAGGGAAGCAGUUGGUCUAUAAAAUGAAAGAAAGUGUUGCUAAAUCUUGUAGAAGUGCAGAUAUUGAAGAAAAAGUUAUUUACCAAUUAACAGAAAGAGCGGGUAAUAAAGGCAUAUGGAUAAGAGAUUUAAGGCUAGCCAGUAACCUGCCUCAAACACAAGUUAACAAAAUUGUGAAAAGUUUAGAAAGUAAAAAGUUAAUAAAAUCUGUGACUUCUGUAACAGCUUCUAAGAAGAAAGUGUAUAUGCUCUACAAUAUUGAGCCAGAUCGAUCUGUUACUGGAGGGACCUGGUAUAGUGAUCAAGAAUUUGAAUCGGAAUUUGUGGAAGUUCUAAACCAGCAAUGCUAUCGCUACUUGUCUCAGGCAAAGGCUAUGACUGAUAAAAGCUUGGAUCCCAUAUCUCAACGUAAAUCUUCAUUUAAAACAUCUGAAGAGAUUUGCGAUCACAUAAACAGUCUGAAAGUGAGCAAAGUUGUCUUAAGCAUGCAGGACAUUGAGACCAUUUUGGAUACUUUGAUUUACGAUGGUAAGGUUGAAAAGUGUCUUUCUCCUUCCAGUAGUGACAGAUAUGUGUACAGAGACGUCAAACCUUUAGUCACAAGUUGUGGUCUAAUGAGGGUACCCUGCGGAGUAUGUCCUGUGUCUGAAGACUGCCAGGAGGGAACAAUUAUUUCACCCUCCACCUGCCCCUACAUGAAAGAGUGGUUAGACUUUUAAAUACCUACUUUUAAUGACUUUUGAGUUAUCUUCUCUCUCAGUGAACACUUUAUACAAGGUUUUAACCUUGGCAACUGGGACUCAGUGGAGUGAACUGUCAUAGUGGAGAACUUAUCUCGAGUGGCCGUUUAAAGCGCUCUGGAUACCUGGUUGUCUGGAAAGUAAAGUGGUGCAGAAAGAUGAUCCUACCGCUGGUCAUAAAAUUGUAGAGACUUACCCUCUAUGACUCACAAGAUAUUGCAAAAAUUAUUUACUUAACGCUGCAAUGAAACUGAAUAAUGUUUUCUUUAUACCGCAACUUAGUAGAAGAGCAGAUAUCGGCUUGUCUUUUUAACAUCACUGAUGAAAGGAACAGAAAUUUAUAUUAGCUGGCAGUCCAGUGUGGUGUUGUCACAAUGUUUCAGAACAACUUAGCUGUAUUGAAUGUGCCAGUCUAUGUUUCAGAUCUAAUUGAUUUUGUGUCUGUGUGUUGCAGAUCAAAUCGAUUUUAUCUGUGUGUGUUGCAGAUCAAAUCGAUUUAAUGUAUGUGCGUUGCAGAUCGAUUUGAUUUUAUGUGUGUGUUGCAGAUCAAAUAGAUUUUAUGUGUGUGUUGCAGCAUGCAAUAUCAUCAAGGUCUUCAGGGGGCCAGUAAGGAACAUUAAUUGUCCAUCAAAAGAGUUGCAAGGUGGUAACGAAAUUAAUGAAAUUUUAUCACUGGCCAGGUAUAGCUUUUUUUAGCAGUUGUCAUUUUUUAACGUAUGUGGCCAUUUUUAAAUUAUCAAACAUUUUUUAAAUGUUAAUUAUUAAUGUAUAGCAUUUCUCAUAACAUAGUUAACAUUAAAUAUCGUGAAAAAGUAAUUUUUCGAACAUUAUAAAAUAUCCAUAAUGAUUCCAUAUUUUUACAAAGAAAUAAUAAUAAAACACGCUUGGAGUGCUGCUUUUUCAACGAAAAAAGUGGUGAUUUUCAUACUUAAAUCGCCAUUUGUUAUAUUUUGUUGCCCUAUGACUGAUGGUCAUUUUAAUUAUGCCCUGUACACAGUUGAAGGGAAAAGUAUUCAACAAAGGAAGCCAAAAUGUACCAUCCAAGUUUUCCUUGUAUUAGGGAAAAAGGGGAUCAAUUAGGUUACUUGAUUUCUAAGAUGAAGGUGCCACUUCAUACACUAUCUGUCCAAAAGUAUGGGGUCACCCAGUGGUAUAGACUUAGAGGCGCAUAGUAAUAGGAUGUUGGUUUCCCUUUUCCAUCGAUGACAGCCUUAUGGGAAGACUUUACCACCAGUUUAUGAAUUCCAUCACAGCUGUGCUUGCAGUGAGGAUGGUUACGU